AUGGAAUGCAACAGAGAUGAGGCCAUCAGAGCAAAGGAUAUUGCAGAUAGGAAAAUGCAAAAUGGUGACUUCCAAGGGGCAAGGAAGAUUGCAUUGAAGGCGCAGCAACUCUACCCUGAACUAGAGAAUGUUUCCCAAAUGUUGGCAGCCUGCGAGGUUCAUUGUUCUGCACAAAACAAACUAAAUGGGUCAGAAAUGGAUUGGUAUGGAAUUCUCCAGAUUGAGCGCUUUUCUGAUGAGGCAGUUAUCAAGAAGCAAUACAGAAAGUUUGCGCUCUUGCUUCAUCCUGACAAGAACAAGUUUGCUGGUGCAGAGGCAGCUUUUAAGCUGAUUGGCGAAGCAAAUAGGGUGCUUACAGAUCCAGCCAAGCGUUCUUUGUAUGAUAUGAAGUGUAGAGGUCCCGUGAGACCUGCUGCUCCAAAGUCAACAUCCCAUCAGUCAAAUCGGAACACAAUUGGGAAGAAGCAUCAUGAGGCUAACAAGUUUCCUAGUGCUCCUAGUUCGCAGUACAUGAGUGCACAUCCUUACCAGCCACAGCGGCCCACAUUCUGGACGUGCUGCUCCUCCUGUAAUAUGAGAUACCAGUACUACAGAGAACUUCAGAACAAAACAUUGCGCUGUCAAAAUUGCCAGAGUUCUUUCAUUGCUGUCGAUUUGGGUAUUCAUGGUGUGCCGAAUGGAUCACCCUGGAGUCAAUUCCCCAAUCAGAAUGGAGUUCCAAAUCAAAGGCCCUCUAAAGUUGCUCCACAAAGUAACAACGGAAAGCCUUCUGGUGCUAGUUUUCCAGACAGGUUUAGACCAGUUGACAUCAGUGGGAGUUCUAAACUGAAUGAGGUGAAAGCAGGAAACAUGAAAGACGGUGGUGGUUCUACACUGCCACAGAAAGCCAAUGGGCAUGUCAAUGUGGGGGUACAAGCAAGGAAAGAAGGGGCUCCAAUUAAACCCAAAGACUUGGGAAGUUCAAAGGAUGCAAGCAGGAAGAGAGGAAAGCAGUCUCAAGUGGAACCUAGUGAGAGUUUUGAAACAGGAAGCAGUGAUGACAGUGAUGAAGAUGCGGUUAUUCAAGAAAAAGGCAGCAGUAUUUUGGGACAGAAUUCAGGAUUUUGUGGAGGUAAUCAACCUAGGAGAUCUUCAAGGCAAAAGCAGAAUGUUUCGUACAAGGAAAAUUUAAUUGAUGAUGAUGAUUUUACUGUCUCCCCACCAAAAAGACCAAGGGUGAAUAGAUCGACUAGCGGCAUAAAAGAGGAGAUGAUGCACGAUAAAGAGCAUCCUUCAGCUGAUGCAGUGGAUAGAAACAAGAAAGAGACCAAGCAAAAGGCAAGUACAACUCUGGAAGAAAGCUUGCCAAAUAAGAAAAGCAAAACUGAAGUGUGCAAGACGAAGGGGGAGGAAGCAUCCAUGUUGGGGAAAGCUGAUGCACAAUCAGAUAAUAAAGAUGGAAAGCCCAAAGUUGAUGACAGGUCUAACAUGUUCUCAAAUGAACCUCUAGCAUCAAAGACCUUGGAAAUCCCUGAUCCAGAUUUCAGUAAUUUUGAGAAUGACAAGGCAGAAAAGUGUUUUGCUGUUAAUCAAGUGUGGGCUAUUUAUGAUACGACAGAUGGCAUGCCUAGAUUCUAUGCUCAGGUCAAGAAAGUUCUCUCGCCUGGUUUCAAGCUGCAGAUAACUUGGCUUGAGGCUAGCUCAGAUGUCGCACAUGAAAGAGAUUGGUCUGACAACGAUUUGCCUGUUGCAUGUGGUAAGUUUGAAACUGGGGCCUCUCAAAAAACUGAAGAUCAUGGUAUGUUCUCUCAUCAGAUGUGCUGUAUAAACGGCAGAAGCAGAGGCAGUUAUAUGAUAUAUCCUAAAAAGGGGGAUACUUGGGCGCUCUUCAAGGAUUGGGAAAUGAAAUGGAGUUCCGAACCAGAAAAACAUAGACCACCUUACACAUUUGAAUUUGUGGAGGUCCUAUCAGAUUUUGAUGAAAAUUUUGGCAUCGGGGUUGCUUAUUUGCACAAAGUGCAAGGAUUUGUCAGCAUUUUUCAGCGAGCUGCUCAUGAUGGGGUUAUCCAAUUUUGCAUUCCACCAACUGAGCUAUACAAGUUUUCACACCGAAUUCCUUCAUUUAGAAUGUCUGGCAAGGAAGGAGAUGGUGUCCCUGCUGGGUCUUUUGAACUUGAUCCUGCUGCUCUGCCAAGCAAUCUUGGUGACCCCAGUGACACUAAGAUGGAAAAGGAAAAUGUUGAUAAUCAAUCAACUAAUCUGUUUUCUCAAUCUCCCAAAAGUGAACUUAAAUCCACAAAUGGCUCCAAGAAGAUUUGCACGCCUAAGAAAAAUGAGAGGGGACAAGAAAGAGGGAGCUCAUUCUUUGAAAAAUCUCCAACAGGCACAAAUGUAGUUGUUGCAGGGCUACGUGCAAAAACAAAGGGCGGUAGGAAGGUCAUAGACCCGGGUGACGUUGCUCAGCCUGGAGGAAUUAAGACCCCAAAGAAGCAGGAUAUGAGUGAACUUGCAGCAGAUGCCUUGACACCUAGAAGAUCUCCAAGGGAUUUAAGCAAGAGAAAUAGUCAAGUUAAUGCUAGUCAGAGAACGACUAAGGCGGAUACUGAAGAGAAUACUGCAGCUAACAAUGAUAUAAGCCUUGGGAAACCAAGUUUGUUGAGUCAGCCUGAUGGUAAGAUGCAUGCGAAGGAUGGUGGUUCAGUUGGUCUCAUAAUAAGUCCUAUAUCUUCAGGUCGUAAAGUUGUAGAACUAGAAGUAGAUUGCUUUGAUUUCGAGAGUGAAAAGUCAGAGGACAAGUUUCAGCUUGAUCAAAUAUGGGCACUUCACAGCAAUGAGGAUGGGCUGCCCAGGAUUUAUGGUCAAAUCAAGGCAAUUGAUUCUACCCCUAAUUUCAGAUUACAUGUGGCAAUGCUUGAACCGUGCUCGUCUCCAAUAGAUGCAAAGCGGCCUGUUUGUUGUGGGACAUUUAAAGUUAAAACUGGUAAAACCAAGGUGCUCUCUGCUUCCAAAUUUUCACAUCUGUUGAAAGCUCAAUCCAUUGGGUACGGCAGGUAUGAUAUUCACCCCAGAAAAGGCCAGAUAUGGGCACUGUAUAAGAACUGGAAUUCUGAGUCUACACGUUCAGAUCAGAGCGUUGGUGAAUCUGACAUUGUUGAAGUGCUGGAAGUUAAGGAUGGCAGUGUGGAAGUUGUAAUUUUGAUUCGUGCUAGAGUAAAUGAAACUGCUAAUAGAAACAAAUGUUUUUACUGGGCUCCUAGAAUCCAAAGAUCAAGAACUGGGGUUCUGGAUAUACCAAGUGCUGAAUUUUAUAGAUUUUCACAUCAGUGUUCUGCUUUCAAGCACACGGGAAAGAAAGAUAAGUGCCUAAGAAGCUACUGGGAGAUUGAUCCUUCAUCAAUCAUUACUAAUCCUGUAAUUUUAGUAGACUGA